AUGGAUCGGCUACAUGAAUGGAGGUUAAAACCCAAGAAAAUGGAGCUGGAGGAGGACUUCUAUUUUGCCUACAGAGCUGAGGAAAUAACAGAUUACCAGGAGCCCUCUGAACUCCUGCAUGCUCUGAAACAAAAGGAGGAAGAGGUUAUUUUGGCAGCGCAGCUGGGAAACGCGUUGCUCCUGGAAAACCGUCAGCUGAAGGAACAGAGCGAGAAGCUUCAUGAACAGUUCGCAGACCAGCUGGAGGAGCUGGAGCAGGGACGCCAUGACCUGCGAGUGAAGCUGGAGGACGUCCAGUCCCAGUGGGAGAGCCAGGUGGGAGACCUGGAGCGGGACGUGAGGGAGUUGAGCUCCCAGGUGGAGCGGCUGACGCAGGCGCUCAGCGAGGCCGAGAGGGACAAGAGCCGACUGCAGCUGGAGCACAGCGAGCAGACGCAGCGCCUCAGGGAGGAGCUCAGAACUGCCAUGGAGGUGGAGAGAGCCAUGACCAGUGAGCUGCAGGCGCUGAAACAGGAGCUCCAGCAGAGCAGAGGAAACAACAGACAGCAGGAUGAGGAGCUGAUCAGCGCCAUGAAGGAGCAGGUGUUGAGGCUCACACAGAAGGAGCAGGCGCUGGAGCAACGAUUGGAGAGCGUCAGUCGAGAAAACGCUGAGCUGAAAGCGAGUUUGGCCUCUUUACAAACGUGCUUAACCCAGCAUGACCAACUCAACCAGCAGCACAGCCAGCAGCUCCGAGAUGCAUGGCAGGAGGUGGAGGUGGCACGGGACCGUUCACAGCAGCUCCAAGCUCAGGUGGAGGAGCUUCAGGAGGAGGUGUCGCUGCAGGAGAGCAGGAGCCACAUUGAUGCCUCUCUAUUGUCAGAGCUGGAAGCGGCAGACUGGGGGGUCAGCAAAGAACAGAUAACUCAAGAAAUGGACACCAUCCUCCAGUUAUUGCUCCCUCUGACCCGGGGUCAAAGCGAAUCGAACGUCAUGGAUCAACAGGAUGACCUACCUGCCAUUCUGCAGCGACUGAAGGGAGUGGCCCAAACUCUGUCACCUGCAUCCAGUCCCCAGGAGGUGAAUCUGGGCUUUGAGGACAGGGUGGCCGAUCACUGUGGGAAUCUGAGCACAGCACAGGAGCUGAGGGAUCAGAACAUCCGGCUCCAGCAGGAGAAUAGCGAGCUACUACAGAAGCUGCAGAGCAUACAGGAUCAAAAGGACUUCGUCCAGCAGGCCAUCAGAGAUCGGGAUGAAGCUAUUGCCAAGAAAAACAUGAUGGAGGCUGAAUUGGUGCGAAGCAAAAACGACAUGAUGUGUUUGAACAACCAAUUAUUAGAAGCUAUUCAACGUAAACUGGAGUUGUCUCAGGAGCUGGAGGCCUGGCAGGAUGACAUCCAGAUCGUCAUCAACCAACAGCUGAAGUCGCAGCAGCAGACAGAGGAGCUCCAGAAGAAGCCCACCUCCAACGGCCUGUCGUUUUUCCGACGACCCAGCAGGACGACCUCCACCUGGACACGCCAGCUCUCCUCUUCUUCCUCUUGGAUUUCAGAAAGUAAUCCGGACAAAGUGCAGUCCCCCUGGAGAGACUGGCUAAGACUGGGGAAAGGGGCACAGUAUGGAAAGUAAUGAAGUGCAGAGGAUCAGAGACUGCUGGUCAGGGAAACAUGAAGUAAAAAAAAAAAAAAAAACUGAGCAGUAAUGAAAAAAGAGCCAUGAAGUCGACUCCAAGA